AUCACUGGAAUAGAGACCAAAUUGAAUAUUCUAAUCAAUUUGCACACCUCUCAUGAAGCGCAUCGAUUCAGUUCUACCGGUGGUGAAUGGACAUCGCAGACGGAGAAACAAUCUAGUUCGGAACGUUAUCCCACCAAUGAAACUGCGUCAGGGACCAGUUGUCACCGAAAGACCAGCAAAACUGUCUAUCGGGAACAAUUCAAUGUCAGUUUACGACAUCUGAGCUUACCCGAGGAGGAUGCCAACAUUGAGACUAUCAAGGAAGAAAUGGAUGUGAGAACAGACGAAUCGGUCCCGUGUGCACCAAAAUUUUACGCACUGGCCGAGAAAGAAGACAGUCCAGACGAGACUGAUUUACAUCGCCCGUCGGUCACAGAACUAGUAGUGCCUCUAUCCAUCACUCAUGAACCACAUUUCAAUGUAUCCGCUGACGAUUUGUUAAAUAUGUCUCAAACCGAUGUCUGUUCGCGGGAAUCCGAGGUAUCUUCCGCAACUUCGGACACUAGUUUACCCCAACAAGCGCGUGAUUUGGAUUUGCAAUCCAAUCAUUCACCGCUGAGCUCGAGCACGAACGGCGGAGCUCGAUCGAACGUGAACAGGAGACCAAUUUGA